UGCAGAGGCCCGGGCGCAGGGCUCCGCAGGCGGUGGCGGCGGUGGCGAUGCGCUGCGCCCAGCCGAGCCCGACCCGCCGCCCGAGGUGAGGCGGCUCCCGGAGCGCGGCCGCGGCCAUGGGCACCCUAGGCAAGGCGAGAGAGGCUCCGCGGAAACCUCAUGGCUGCAGAGCUGCCCCUAAAGCAAAACUAGAGACGAAGCCAGCCCGCAACCCCUUUCCCUCCCAUCCCAGCCUGGCCCAGAUCACCCAGUUCCGAAUGAUGGUGUCUCUGGGACAUUUAGCCAAAGGAGCCAGUCUGGACGAUCUCAUCGACAGCUGCAUUCAAUCUUUUGAUGCAGAUGGAAACCUGUGUCGAAGUAACCAACUGUUGCAAGUCAUGCUGACCAUGCACCGAAUUAUCAUUUCCUCUGCUGAACUGCUCCAAAAAGUGAUAACCCUGUAUCAGGAUGCCUUGGCAAAGAAUUCACCAGGCCUUUGCCUGAAGAUCUGCUAUUUUGUAAGGUACUGGAUAACAGAAUUUUGGAUCAUGUUUAAAAUGGAUGCCAGCUUGACAAACACUAUGGAGGAGUUUCAGGAACUGGUGAAAGCUAAUGGUGAGGAGUUACACUGCCGCCUGAUUGACACAACUCAAAUCAAUGCCCGCGACUGGUCCAGGAAACUUACUCAAAGGAUAAAAUCAAACACCAGCAAGAAACGGAAAGUCUCCCUACUCUUUGACCAUCUGGAACCAGAGGAGCUAUCGGAGCACCUCACCUACCUUGAGUUCAAGUCGUUCCGGAGGAUAUCCUUCUCUGAUUAUCAGAAUUACCUGGUGAACAGCUGCGUGAAGGAGAACCCCACCAUGGAGCGCUCCAUUGCCCUGUGCAACGGCAUCUCCCAGUGGGUGCAGCUCAUGGUGCUCAGCCGCCCCACCCCGCAGCUCCGCGCUGAAGUCUUUACCAAGUUCAUCCAGGUGGCCCAGAAGCUCCACCAACUACAGAACUUCAACACACUGAUGGCUGUGAUAGGCGGUCUCUGUCACAGCUCAAUCUCCAGGCUCAAAGAGACAAGUUCGCACGUCCCACCCGAAAUCAACAAGGUCCUGGGGGAGAUGACAGAGCUGCUGUCCUCCUGCAGAAACUACGACAACUACCGGCGCGCCUACGGGGAGUGCACCCACUUUAAGAUCCCCAUCCUGGGGGUGCACCUCAAGGACCUCAUCUCCCUGUACGAAGCCAUGCCCGACCACCUGGAGGACGGGAAGGUGAACGUCCACAAGCUGCUGGCCCUUUACAAUCACAUCAACGAACUGGUGCAGCUGCAAGAGGUGGCCCCGCCCUUGGAGGCCAACAAGGACUUGGUGCACCUGCUGACGUUAUCCCUGGAUCUCUACUACACGGAGGAUGAAAUCUACGAGCUUUCCUACGCCCGGGAACCAAGGAACCACAAAGCCCCACCACUAACACCUUCAAAGCCACCAGUAGUCGUGGACUGGGCCUCUGGAGUGUCUCCCAAGCCUGACCCAAAGACUAUAAGCAAACACGUCCAGAGGAUGGUGGAUUCUGUCUUCAAGAACUAUGAUCAUGACCAAGAUGGUUACAUUUCUCAGGAAGAAUUUGAAAAGAUUGCUGCGAGUUUUCCAUUUUCCUUCUGUGUGAUGGACAAAGACAGGGAAGGCCUUAUCAGCAGGGACGAGAUCACGGCCUACUUCAUGAGGGCCAGCUCAAUCUACUCUAAGCUGGGCCUGGGCUUUCCUCACAACUUCCAAGAGACAACCUACCUGAAGCCCACUUUCUGUGACAACUGUGCUGGAUUUCUCUGGGGAGUGAUCAAACAAGGAUAUCGAUGUAAAGACUGCGGGAUGAACUGCCACAAGCAAUGCAAAGAUCUGGUUGUGUUCGAGUGCAAGAAGCGAGCCAAGACCUCAGCAGCUCCCACCGAGAACAGCACCUCUGUGGGGCCGGCGUCCAGCCUUUGCUCACUAGGAGCCAAAGAUCUGCUCCACACGCCUGAAGAGGGACCUUUCACAUUCCCUAAUGGGGAGGCUGUGGAACACAGUGAGGAGAGUAAGGACCGGACCAUCAUGCUCAUGGGAGUGUCCUCACAGAAGAUUUCUGUCCGGCUGAGGAGGACUGUUGCCCACAAGGCCACCCAGACCGAGCUGCUGCCUUGGGUGGGCAGCGAGAGCACUUUCACGCUGACUUCCCCAAGGAAGGCAGCCCAGGACACGCUGUAUGUGCUUCACAGUCCCACGUCUCCAUGCCCCAGCCCAGUCUCGGUCAAAAAGCGGGCUUUUGUCAAGUGGGAGAAUAAAGAAUCCCUCAUAAAAUCAAAGGAGGAACUCCAUCACCUCAGACUCCCAACCUACCAAGAGCUGAAACAGGAAAUAAAUACCCUGAAAGCAGAUAAUGAUGCUCUAAAGAUUCAACUGAAAUAUGCAAAGAAGAAAAUAGAAAGCCUCCAACUUGCAAAAAGCAACCAUGGCUUAAAUCAGAUGGAACAGAGUGACUGUUCUUAGCCCAGAAACUCUAAGGGGCACAAUCAGUAGAUGAGUGUAUCAGAAGUCUCAGUUCCCAGACGAUUAACACAAAGACCCAGGGAACCUUAGGUUGACCAGCUUUAAAAAGGGUACUUUAAAAAAGAAAAGCUAAUUAUUCUUUUUUUUAACCUCAGAGUCCUCGUGUGUGGUACUGUUUUCUCUUCUACUUAGCUGAAUCAAUGGGGAGGAAAACUGAAGGAUGCAAAAUUUUUACCAUUCAUACCACAAACUUUUUUUCCCUGAGACGAAUAGCAAAAGUGUGAUAAAAACAUGACUAUAGUUUUCUGACAGGGCAGCUUCUACGUGGCCUGCCUGGCUGCUUCCUUAGAACUAAAAUCCCUAAAAAAUGAAAUUUGCUUCCUUCCCCAGGGUUUUCUGUGAACUGAGGGAUUUACUUUGUUCUAUCCAGAGCUUGCUUAUAUUAAAAUACCCACAUUCCAAAAGGAGAUUCACCUCUCUAUAUUCCAGCAUUCUUUACAAAUCUGGUUCCCACUUCACUACCUCAAAUCUAAUCAGUUAACCUUUCCGUCCUCCUUCCUCACUACACUCAUACAUACACACGAGGAUACCUACCUAGGCAGAAGUGAACGUCUAGAGAUAUAGCCACAAAUUUCAGGGCAGGAGGGUGCUGAUUAAACAACAUGACAUUAUCCAAUUGCAGAUCAACUCAUAGUUUUAGUCUCACAGUCAUAAUAAAAUAAGUAGCCAAAUUAAAUACCUGAAAACAUGGCUAUUAUCAUCUCAUACAUGACUGGCUAAUUAGCUAAAAAUAAACAUACUGCAAACUGUCCUCAUUAUCACCUACAGUGGAUAGAAUUAGGACUUUAUGACUGGUUUUUUUAAAGUGUUUAUUUUAGUGCUUCAUGUGCCAUCUUGACCCUCUUUUUGGAAGUAACUAUUAUUGAGCUGAAUUUGUGCUUAUACUGUCUUCACUAUUAAUACUAUUUAGAAAUAAGCUAAUUGGAUCACAGCCUUCAAUAACAGCUGACAAGUGUGUACAUAUACGUAUAUAUUAUGUAUAUACAAUAAUAGGCAUGUAUGUGACUUCAAAUUUGUUUCCUCUUUCAUAAAAUGGAGGAAGUGAAUUAAACAACUUUUAGUCAUUUACACAAAUAUAAAGUUCAGUUUGUUAUUAGAUGAAGAAUUUACUCACAAUGUAAACGGUAUUGUUUGGCUAAGUCACAAGUAAGAGUCCUAUGAAUUAUCUAUUAAUAAGGUAAAUGAAAAAUGGGCUCAUUUAGUGGUCUGGGCAUCUGUUCACGAACUCCUUUGUCAGAUGAUUCUUUAUUUCUCUAAAAAAAUUCAUAUGGUCAUUUUAUUUGGGGGGGGAGGACUUACCUUCCAUGCUUGGAAAGCCUGGUUAUCAAAAUGACUUGAAAUUAAUAAACAAGCUGACCAACUGCCAAGAAUAUAAUCUCAACAAUUAGAAGUUCCAAACCUAAAGCCAACAACAAGUCUUAAUCAGAAUAUAAAGUAUAUAUGUGUGCGUGUGUGCGCACACACACACACACAGUAGCUUCCUUGGAGGAUUCAGACAAUUUAAGAAGCUUCUUUGAUGCCAAGACCAGUUACCAUUUGCGUACCUCCUUGUACUGAGCUUUAUUGACAAAGCUAGUGACUAGCUUUCAGUUAGUGUUUUUAAAUAAUUAUUUUACACACAAACUUACUCUUUUCUAAAUCCAAAUUCAAAAAUCGCACAGCAGGGCUGCUGAGGUCCACCACCUGGUAUGGAAACUUACAGAAGCACUUUGCUACUUACCUUAUAUGGAACAUUAGUUCAUCAUAAUCUUUAAAAUUCAUAUUCUUCACUAUUAUUAUUUUCUUCUUAUAUAGACCAAAGCCGGUACCGCUCAAUUUCUUUGAACAGUCAUGUAACAAUUAAAUUUUUUCAUUUUUCUUACCCUCCAUCCAGGUUAGUUUCUAUGUAAAUAACCUGUAAGCUACAGGAAUUCAAAAUGUCACAGUCCCCUUAAUUAGUCAAAGUAACAUGGUUACAGGGUCUCAAGCAUGCCAGAAUUUAUCACUGAAAUGGAUAGGAAGCAGUAGUAUCAUCACAGGUUUUUACAGUCCAGCAAGGGCCAAAGAAGUAUAGUGUGUACAUUAAUAUUAUUUGCACUGAGCUACAUGGGAUUAGUGGAAUCUUCCAAAAAUAAUAUGGAACAAAUUUUUGGUUUAUCAAGCCUAGGAUACAAAUUUUUGUGUCUUGUACUUACUUGAAAUAAGUUUGGGCAUAUAUUUAUCUGUCAAAUCAAGGACAAAUUUUGUUUUAACAGCAAUGUCACUUCUCAUUUUCUUUGGUAAUUGACUUACCUUUUUACUGACUAUAUGUGAAUUUCUGUCUAAAGAUGUAUUAUGUAAAAGAAUUGCAAAGAAAAAACAAAUGUAUAGAAUGUAAAGUUUUUUUAUACCUAAUGUAAGUUUUCUUUGUGUAAUAUUUAUAUGAUAAAAGACCUUAGGAUCCCUACAAUAUAUAUGUCUUGUAUUUCUUUUAGUUCAUGAAUAUGUAGAAACUUCGCCUGAAUUUUGACUAAUCCACAGCUGAGACCACGCCCCUAUCCUAUUCUAUUAAGCAGUUUUCCUAGAAGGAAAAGCAAAGCAACUAAUUAUUCAGUGUCAGUUCUUAGACAUUUUUUUAUAACAUGACAAAAUAACAGUACAGAAAUAUUCAACCUCUUCUCAUCUUAUUGCAUAAUGACUUACAGUGAUCCCAAAUAUUAAGUUUAUAGAUACUUAACACUGAAGGAGCCAAAUUUGAGGUUGUCAUUUCUUAGUGGUUUUCGUCUUUACACAGUUCUAAGGAAACUAGCAAGUAAAGAAACUUUGAAGCUGUGGGUGAAAUUAGUAGAGGAUGGUUCAAUCCAGUGUAGACCACCCAGAGUACUUCAUUUGUGCUCAUGACUAUUUAUAGUGAACAGAGACAGCCAUAAUUUUCCCCUAAUCCCCAGCCAACUUUUAUUCAACCAGAAGAGACAAAAAUUCCAAUCACUCAAAUUCCACUGCAGAACGCAUCUUAAUAUAUUUGGAUGUGGGUGUAUUUAUCAUUUGGGCAAUUCGUAAUACUUCACACAAAAUAAUGAAGUCACACUGACAACUUAAACCUAAAGAAGAGAUUAAACUGCCUCUCCUCCUCCAGCCCCAAUGCCCAUCCCAAAGAUCUCUACCCGGGCUCCUUACAAGGUAUGGACAGUAUCGCCUAUCAGAACAUUCUCUGGUCACAAACCUUUUUUUGGGUUAUCGUACCUUCUUUUCACACAAAUAUAGGUAAUUGUUUUUGGUUUAAAAUGUUUUGUUCUUUGUAAAACCAAAAACUGUAGCGAUAUUAAAUCUUUCAAAAUUGUUCUAUAGAAUUAAAUCAAUCUCAGUAAAAAUCCUACUAGAAAAAACAAAUUACAAACUUUUUUCUAUUUAGUGAGACAAGUUUCCCUGAUCUGCAGAACACAGGGAAUAGUUUCAAAGAAAACACUUGAUCUGUUCUUUUGCUGACAGCUUAUGUGUAAUGGUGUGGUGGUUAUGUACGGAAAGGACUUAACGUUCUUUUUAUAUGGUCCAAAUGUGAGGUCCGUUACCUUCUUUAACCCAGAAACUCCCAGUAAAGACAUAUCUAUAUAUGCUAUUAGAUACCACAGGCUACACCAAGGCAAGAAAAAGAAAAAAGGGGAGGGACAACAAGGUAAUAGGAAAAAAUGAAAAUAAGGACCAGGCAAAAAGGAAUGCAGAGGCAGAGAAAAAGGUGUUGGGCUUCAAGCAGUGAAGUGCAUCAUGCUCUACAACUGCACUGCACUUAUUUUGUAAAACACUUUCACAUGAUUGUCUUAUUCCUCAGUGUACUCUUCUACAAAUGAACAAAGACUAUCAUGAAAAUCCUAACUUACAGGAAAGAAUAAGAUAGUAGGGUCUGCCUAAACCACUCAGCUUUUGAUUCAAGUGAAGUUUAUAGGAAUGUAUAAAUGUUGUUCCAGCUACAACGUGAUUCUAGUAACAAGUGCUAAACUUAGGUAAGAUUUACAGUGAGUGGAAAAUUCAACUGCACCCCUAUGAAGGUACAAAGAAAUCUUACAGAAACUGAUAAAUUAAUGUUUCUGCCAUUAUUUGCCAUAACCCUUUAGUGAUAAAAAGUUGAAGGCAGUUGUAAACCCUUUCUGUAUCAGCAAUUAAAGCUCCCGAAAGAAAUGAAGCAGAAAUGUAAAGGUUUUAAAUGAACAUUUUCUGUUUUAACUAAUAACUCGCUUGAAAUAUUACUCCAGUGGUCUCUGCUUAUAUAUUUUUCAAUAUUAUAUUUCAGAGUUCACAUCUACUGUUUCCUUAAUUAUGGAAAACAUUUUUCUCCAAU